UCUGAUAUGGCUCCCAGCUCCAGAACCAAGCGCUAGGAACCGGGGCCCAUCAAUAGUCUUUUAACCACGUUUCCCAAAGCCCCUCCUUGGAGGCAGCUGGAGGCUGGGAGCGGACCCCACCCCCCCAAUUAAUCCAUCCCCUGGGGCUGUAGAGUAACAAGCGGGCGGGCAGGUGGGGCCGCCAGGAAGAGGGAGCACGGUGCCCGGAGCUGCCCAGUCUUUGGACCCCACCCCCAUAACCCGACCCUUCGUAAGGAAGGGUUAGCGUGGGGUACGUGCGCGAGGGCCGGUGGAUUAACGUCUGCUCCCCGCGCCGCCGUCCCACUGGCAUCCACUUGUGCGCCCAAUUGUGCCCAGAGCUCGCAGGCUCUCAGAUGCUGGGGGCAACCGUCUUCCCUGCUUGUUGCCCCCCUCAAGUUCCCCUGCCUCUUCCCCCGCGCGGCCGCGGCCUACCCCCUCCCCCAGCAAUACGACCCUAUAAUAAACAAGUCUUUCCUAGAUCCUCCCCUGCCGCGACCGCCCUCAGGGACCUUGGCAGCUGCAGCCGCCGCGGAUCCCUUUCCAGAAAGGGGGCGUGGCCGAGGCUCGCGGGUUUGGCCGGGUGCUUUCUGGGGCCCAAGGGGGGCGGGGCCAGGCGGCUGUCACCGGGCAGGAGAGAACGUUGCGAACGUGCGCCCAGAGCCCAUUGGUCGAGGUGGGCCACACUCCCGGGUCUGGAUUGGGCCGCGGCGCGGAAGGGGUGUGGCCUCUCCCCACUAGUCCUUAUAGGUCUCUCUGCGCUGGUACUAGGGACCGCGGCAGGCCGAGGGGGAGGUGCGGGUGGGGAGAAGGGACAGGUCCGGGCAGAGCUCGGGGGUUGGCACCAGUUCGCGCACGCACUUGUCCCAGUUCUAGCUGACCGCAGUAGCUGCGUCUUCUGCGCUCCAGUACCCUGAGCUCAUCUGCAAACGUCCUGGCGUCCGUCCUCACCAUGCCUAGCCUUUGGGAUCGCUUCUCGUCGUCCUCUUCGUCCUCGUCCUUGUCCCGAACUCCCACCCCAGAUCAGCCGCCACGCUCAGCCUGGGGGUCGGCGGCCCGAGAAGAGGCACUCGGCCGCUGCGCGAGCCUGGAGAGCUCGGACUGCGAGUCCCUGGACAGCAGCAACAGUGGCUUUGGGCCGGAGGAAGACUCUUCUUACCUGGAUGGGGUGUCCCUGCCCGACUUCGAGCUGCUCAGCGAUCCCGAGGAUGAGCACCUGUGUGCCAACCUGAUGCAGCUGCUGCAGGAGAGCCUGGCCCAGGCACGGCUGGGCUCGCGGCGCCCUGCACGCCUGCUGAUGCCCAGCCAGCUGGUGAGCCAGGUGGGCAAAGAACUACUGCGCCUGGCCUACAGCGAGCCGUGCGGGCUGCGGGGGGCGCUGCUAGACGUCUGCGUAGAGCAGGGCAAGAGCUGCCACAGCGUGGGUCAACUGGCUCUCGACCCCAGCCUUGUGCCCACCUUCCAGCUGACCCUCGUGCUGCGCCUGGACUCACGCCUCUGGCCCAAGAUCCAGGGGUUGUUUAGCUCCGCCAACUCUCCCUUCGUCCCCGGCUUCAGCCAGUCCCUGACGCUGAGCACAGGCUUCCGAGUAAUCAAAAAGAAGCUGUACAGCUCAGAGCAGCUGCUCAUUGAGGAGUGUUGAACUUGGGUCUGGGGGGCCGAUACUGACCCCAUGACAGAGACAGUUGAACUUUUGGGGUGGACAUUGGCAGGCAGAAGCUGAGGGACUGCUGCCUGUCGUUAGAAAACUGACAACAGCCACCUGUGGGGAGGAAGGUCAAGGUGAGGGGAACACGGUGUUUCCCUAGGAAGCUCACUGAGGUGUGGACAGGUGGCUCCCACUUGGGCUCACACGCUGCCCCUCAGUACUGUAGCAUGAAACAAAGGCUUAGGGGCCAACCAGGCUUCUGGCUGGAUGUGUAUGUAGCAUGUACCUUAUUAUUUUUAUUGUUACUGACAGUUAAGACAACAGUGGUGUGACAGAGCCAUGAAAGCAGCUGGGCUGCACUGGCAUCUGCAAGGGAUGUGUGCUCACAGUAGCCGGCUCUGGUGGGGGGGGGGUCAUCGAGGUGGUUUGUGUGUAUCAUGGUCUGAAGGGACCAAAUGUUUGUUCUUUGUUGUUUUUGUAUCUUUUUUUUUUUUGAUUGGAGCUUCACUACUGACCUGUUCUAGGCAGCUAUCUUACAGACGCAUGAAUGUAAGAGGAGAAAGGGGUGGGUGUUGGGAUCACUUGGGGAUCUUUGACACUUGAAGAAAAAAUACACCUGGGAGCUGCGUGUGGCCCAUCCCCGGAUGUGUAGUGAAGGGUUGAACUGUGAGGGGAUGGGGCUGAUUGGGGUGGGGGCUGGAACCCCUCCCCCAGAGGAGUACCAUCUGGGUCUUCCAUCUAGAACUGUUUACAUGAAGAUACUCGCUGUUCAUGAAUACACUUGAUGUUCAAGUAUUAAGACCUAUGCAAUAUUUUUUACUUUUCUAAUAAAAAAAAUCAUGUUUGUUAAAA